UGGUCUAUAUCAUUAGAUCAAGUUAGAGAAGUUUAAUUCAUCCAAAAAAAACCCAGAUAAAUGUGGACUUCAUCGUAAGAUUUCGAAUCCCAUUCUUCCUCUCACAAGGAACUGUAAAUCAUUCAUGAAAGGAGUUGGAUUACCUUUACCCUUUUCCUCUUCAGACGACCAGUUUUGGAACCUUGAAGGUGGAAGCGGAGGCGGAUUCGGAUGGGCCACAAUUGGAAACACCUUGUUUGUCCUUGUCCUUUUAUCUAUUUGGCAUCUCGCAGCCAUAAACAAGACUUUGCUUUGGUUUCGUCUUCGAUUAGGGUUCGUUUUCACGCGUCACCAACACACUUCCAAUGCUCAACCUGUUAAUCUCACUUCCAACUCCACAGUUGCUUCUUCUUCGUCUAUGGAGGAUUGCUCAACUCGAGUAUCUGAACUCAUACCGGAUUCUGAUCUCACGUCCUUAAUUGAUAUUUUAGACGAUAAAUUCAAUGAAGAUGUGAAAUGGGUUAAUUUGAUUAACAGAAAGAACAAUAGUGUAGCCUAUGAAGCCAAGUGCUGCAAACCAAAGGAUGGCCCUAUGAAGUACUUGAGUUUGACAAUACUUGACAAUUGCUCUCCUGAAAUGCUGCAAGAUUUUUAUAUGAAUAAUGAUUACAGGAAGCAAUGGGACAAAACCUUCAUUGAUCAUCACCAAUUGCAGUUGGAUAAAAGUGGAACAGAAAUUUGUCAGAUGAUUAAGAAAUUUCCUCUUCUUACACCAAGAGAGUAUAUAAUAGCUUGGAGAACUUGGAAAACUGAAGAUGGUACCUUCUAUUGUAUCUCUAAGGAAUGUGAACAUCCUAUGGCCCCAAUACAGAAGAAGUAUGUUCGUGUUAAGUGCUUUAGAUCUGGUUGGAGAAUUAGCAAAGUGCCAGGCCGUAACGCAUCAGAAAUCAAGCUGAUUCAUCAAGAAGAUGCUGGCUUAAACCCAGAAAUGGCAAAAUUAGCCUUCACAAAAGGCAUAUGGGAUUACAUAUGCAAAAUGGACAAUGCAUUUCGCAAAUAUAACGAAAACCUCUCAAGAAUAACUUCAACUGAAGUUUUAACGCCUCCUCCAACUGCAACAACAUUAAAAACAUCAACUGAAGUUUUAACGCCUCCUCCAACUGCAACAACAUUAAAAACAUCAACUGAAAGAGUGGUUGUAAAGAAGAGAAAGUUAGUUGAUGGCGACAGUUGUGUGGACGGAGGUCCUCCAACUAAAAAAUCAUUGGCUAACGUUCUAAUUCUUUUGGGCGGUGUUUGCGUAGUUUGUUGCUCUCAGUCUAAUCUAGGCGCAAAAGUUGCUACUGCUUUUAUAUGGAGUAAACUCACUAAACCAGCUGGUGCCUCGUUCAAGCUUUGGAGGAGACCCAGUUCAUAGUUUUCGAUUCUUUUUUGUUUAUUUUUUCGGGGAUACCUUUACUUUGAUAAGGUUUGGUCUGGAAUGUCGAAGUCUAACCGUUCUGAUUGAAUAAUUUUAUAAAAUUACAAGUUAAUUA